CACUGGGCCCUAGUGCUUCAGCCUCCCACCGAGGCUCUCCUUGGUUUCUCUUUACCGCCUGUCUGCGGACAGGGGACGUUGGGUCCUUGAGAACCUACUCGGAGCGAAGCUGCAUUUAUGGAGGGGCUUUCUGUUAGCAGCGUGCGGAGCUGUAGCUAGAACGUCGGGGGAAAUUCUUUAGAUUUAACCAGAAAUCUCUGAGGACGGGAAGGGAAAAAUUUAGAUCCUAGCCCGAUUACGGCCACUUUCCCCACCUCCUUUCUGAGUCUCUUGUCCCCUAAUUGCGUCUGUGGAGACGGCAGGAUGUCCUGGUCCGGCCUUCUCCGUGGCUUCAACACGUCCUUAAGUUAUGGCCUAACUCUGGCCCCCCGGCUCUGCGCCACCCGCCCCAUGGCCACCCUGAACCAGAUGCACCGAAAGGGGCCUCCAAAGUGGCCACCUUCAAAACCGGGCCCCACCGACGGACGGCCACAGCUAAAGGGUGUCGUUCUGCAGACAUUCACCCGCAAGCCCAAGAAGCCCAACUCAGCCAACCGCAAGUGCUGCCGUGUGCGGCUCAGCACAGGCCGCGAGGCUGUCUGCUUUAUUCCCGGAGAGGGCCACAGCCUGCAGGAGCACCACGUGGUGCUCGUGCAGGGUGGCCGCACCCAGGACCUGCCUGGGGUCAAGCUCACUAUUGUGCGCGGAAAGUACGACUGUGGUCAUGUCCAGAAGAAGAAAUGAGCACAGGGGCGCCCUGGGCUGGGGUUCACACAGAACAGGAACCUUCCUCUCUGAAGCCCUGUGAUCUCCUUGGGAAGCUCUUCCAGCUAUGGAAGCACCAGACCCUGGGUUCAAAUCCAGCCGCCUUCCGUCAGAAUCACCCAACAGCUCAUAGGGAUCCUGGGUGUGAGUUAGAAAAAGACACCCCUUUGUCAGCUCCCUUGGCUCCCAUGUAUAGGGGGCUGGCUUGAGGGACCUCAUCUGCUGGGACAAGGCACUCUGUUGGGAAGGGGUUGCAAUAAACAGACACUCCCUUCUCCCUCUUG